CAAAAGGGGACAAUCAGAAAUGUGAAAUAUUGCAAUACAAAUUUGCAUGUAGUUGGAAACUAGAUGGAUGGACUUGGAGGAGUGAUAAAGCUGCAAUUAUUGAUCUUUAUGGCCGGCGGAGAGGGAGCUUCUUUGGAGUAUACCCCGACGUGGGUGGUCGCCCUCGUAUGCACAGUCAUCGUUGCCAUCUCCUUGGCUGCUGAAAGACUCCUUCACUACGCUGGCAAGUUCUUGAUCAACAAAAAACAAGGACCCCUUUUUGAUGCCCUCCUGAAGAUUAAGGAAGAGCUGAUGUUGCUGGGAUUUAUAUCCCUGCUGCUCACUGUGUUCCAAGGAAGAAUCAGUACAAUUUGCAUAGCCAAGCACUUGACAGAUGACUGGCUACCUUGUAAGAAGGAAACAGAUAAACACGAUGGUGGUGGAAAACCCAUUGCUCACUUUCAGACUACCCUUUUCCCUUCCCUUCUCCCCCACGUCCGCCACCUUCUUGCAGAAGCAGGACCAUCUGAUUCUGAUGCCCCAGGCCACUGUCAAAAACAGGGUAAAGAGCCAUUAUUGUCUCUCGAUGCGCUGCAUGACCUUCACAUUUUCAUAUUUGUGCUAGCUGUGGUGCACGUCGUUUUCUCUGCUCUAACGAUUCUGUUUGGAAGCCUAAAGAUUCGUCAGUGGAAACAAUGGGAAGAUUCGAUCCAGAAAAAGGAACAUGAUCCUGAAGAUCAAAAAACGACCACAGUUACCCAUGUUCACCAGCAUGACUUUAUCAGGGGAAGGUUUCGGGGCAUUGGAAAAAAUUUAACUUUCUUGAGUUGGGUGCAUUCUUUUCUAAAGCAAUUUUAUGGAUCUGUUGAUGAAUCAGAUUAUACCACUCUCCGACGUGGCUUCAUCAUGAAUCAUUACAGGGACAAUCCAAAGUUCAAUUUUUACAAGUACAUGGUCCGUGCUCUUGAAACUGAUUUCAAGAAAGUUGUUGGAAUAAGUUGGUAUCUAUGGAUUUUCGUGGUAGUUUUCUUGUUGUUGAACGUUCGUGGUUGGCAUGCAUAUUUUUGGAUCGCUUUCGUCCCGUUGAUACUUUUGCUUGCAGUGGGCACUAAAUUGGAGCAUAUUAUCACCCAAUUGGCGGAAGAAGUUGCCCAGAGGCAUGUAGCUGUUCCAGGGGAAUUGGUGGUUAAACCUUCAGAUCACCAUUUCUGGUUCAGCAAACCACGCCUAGUCCUUGUUCUGAUCCACAUAAUUCUGUUCCAGAAUUCUUUUGAGAUUGCAAUUUUCUUCUGGAUGUUGGUUAUGUUCCAAUUUGACUCCUGCAUCAUGGGGCACAGUCGUUAUAUUAUACCCCGGCUCAUAAUAGGGGUGCUGGUGCAGUUCCUUUGCAGUUACAGUACACUACCACUGUAUGCAAUUGUUGCACAGAUGGGAAGCUCAUUCAACAGGGCAAUUUUUGAGGAACACAUACAAGAGAAGCUUACUGGAUGGGCUCAAAAGGCAAAGAGGAACUACAAGGGGCAGAGAAAAGCAAUGGGUGGGGCUGGCUCAAGCCAAGUGGGCAACAAAGAGUCUCCUUCCCCAGCUGCACCACAAGCCAAAGGCCUAGAAAUUGAAACUACUAGUGUCUCAAAUGAUUAGAAAUGAGCAUCCCCUGUAUCAACAUCCAGACAUGAUUCUUACAGAGUAAAUCAUACUUGUCAUAAUACGGAUAGCACCACACAAUAUGUUCGUUGUCUAUAAUUGUUCAUCAUACAAUUUUCUCCACUGCCUAAAUGCACCAGGCUCGAUUCACAGUCUAA